GCCAUUUCAUAUCCAAGGUGGGAAGCGGUUCAUCGUUACCUGAGGUGGUCUGGAAUGUACAAGGUUCUUUGCAUGUUGGUCAGAUUAACCAUUCGCUUACAUCAAACAAACAUUCGUUUGAUUGCAUCAUUCCUUCACCAUUUUUUUUUCAUCUGGAACUGGUAGCUUACGAGUCUUCAGCGCAGCGAUAGUCAAUUUUCAGUUGUUGAUGCCCCUGCCCCAUGAACAAAGGAUCGUGAGCUAAAUGGAGUUUUCGUAAAGACAAGUUGCACCAAGUUGAACGAAUUUCCCGCUCUUUAAUCUAUUGGAUGACAAGUUUGGAUUAAACAGAGAGUGAGAUACCUCACAUCUGCAAGUAUAAAGUUGGUAUCUUCCAUCAAAGCGAUCUAUACGCUAGAGGAUUGUAGAGAAAGUAUUUCUGUCGUGUUCAUCUAAUCUCUUUGUAUUUCAAAUAAGGUGUGUUCGCUGAGGUGAAGACACUUCAGAUUAAUUGAUGACGUUAAUGCGAGAGAAAAGGAACAGAAGGAACAGUGAAAUUAUCUGCCCCCAGCAGGCAGCGGAAUCAAUUUCCCGCCAAAUCAUCGCGGGUUGCUUUGCAGACGAUCGCUAUGUGUUAACCCUAGUUGCUGUCAUCGGGGAUUUGGCGCGGCGGAAGACGUGAAAACGAUGUUAGCGGGGAAGCUCAGAAUGGAGAUAAAAUAUUAUGAAUAAGCUCAAACUGUUGAUCCACUUCACACCCUGUAUGUCGACAAAGUGAGCGACUAGUUUGGUGUUGUACGCGGAUCAUUGACCCAUCAACGAUGUAUUGUCGGUGACAUUUACAUGCAUUUUGUGAGAUUUAUAUGAAUGAAAGACGUUGUGAUGAUUCACCUAACUUCCACCAGGAAUAAAUUCCCGUGAUCCUACUCAUCUUGUGCUACCGGGUAUCAUUCCACGUCUUAGCAUUUAAACUGAUAUGAUAAUCCCGCUCAAUCCAGUGAGUAUAAUUAUGGAAUGUUGUGACGACGGAUAGAGCUAAAGAUCACCGAACUCUGACGUCAAUCUCAUACUUACCUCGAUAACUUUAUUAGAACAUUCAAACAAAUGAAUGUUUAUUAUUUUGAUGUCAAUUUGAAAAGACUGGGAUUAUGUGGAACGCAGAGCAUAUAUAUUUCCGUACAAAUGUAGCAGCUUGAACCUGCUGCUUCUCAUACCUUAAUUGCUCAAUGGAAAUGAAAUCAUAUUUUUUCAACUAAGCGCACACCGAAUUCGCAGUUAUCGUCGUUAGAAUGACGCGACGCGUCCUAGUUUCGUCUUGAUCAAAGCAACUUAGUCUUGAAGACAUCUCGGUAUCAAUCAACUAUUUGAAUCUAGUACCUCUGAUUGGAAAUGAAAAACGGAAAUAAUACGAGUUGUGCGAGUGAUCAUAUUUAAAGAAAAAUACAGAACGGAAGAGUGGAGCCCCGUGCUGUCGAUAAACAAAACGAAGUUUGAAUGACAUAUCUAUAUUGAUUCAAACGUGCCAAGACUUUGCCACACUUAAAACUUGGAUGCAGUUGUUGAGUAAUACACCGAAUUUGCUUUUGGAUUGACUAUUGACUAAAUCAACUUAUAUAAAGUGAUAUUUUCAGUUCACAUGGCCUAGUUGCUAAAUAAACACUCUUGUUAUUCGCAGGGAUAAUUUCUGAUUAUCUUGGGUGUGUGUCCUACCUUCGACAACAUUUCUUACAGAACAUUUGACAAUAUGGGAGAAGAGGUGCGCUCGGGGUGCGUUGAUGUCUUCGUAAAGGUCUUGUGUCUCAUUGUUCUCGUGACGCAAAAUGCUCUAAUAGACUAUUAUUUGAUCCGUUUUGGAAACGGGACGGGCUUCCGUCGGGGUUAUAUCUGGAUCAUCUGCGACAGUCUAGUCCUGAUCUUCUGGACCGUCGCCUUUGUGAUGGUCCGGAUCCGUGCCAGGCAACCCUAUCCGGAAAUCCCGAAAAAGGAGCGGCAUUUACCUCAAGAACUUCCCUUCGCUUACUGUUCAUGGCUGGUCUACUCUGGGGUACUCAUCGCAAAGUUGGUCAAGAUCUACAAUAGCAAGGACCACCCACAGAUCUUCUGGUGGUUGUCGUCAUCCGACAUGUUGACGAUUGCCGUAUCGAUGGCGGGUCUCAUCUUCAUGCUCCUUGCCUACAGCCACCAUGAGGACGUCGACAACGCAAGAUACCGUCUUCAGAUACAGAAGUUAGGUACCGUCGUCGGCCUGGCCAUUCUAGACACCACUGACCUCCUUGAUAUGCUGCAUGAAAUCGAGUCAAACGCAACCCUUCCAUUCCAUCUCCGGGCCGCCAUCUUGGCAUUUGGGUGCAUCUGCAUCGUACUUCCGGUCUUUCCGCUCUUCGCGCUUCGUCUUAUUGCUGCCAAACGUAGCGCGCACAAGCGCAACUCGGAAUCAUGGGAACAAGUCUUCUUCCUGAAGAACGUCCUGUUCAUGCUCCUCGUCGAUGUCCCGUACUUUGCGCUUCGAUGUCAUCUUUGGCUCGACUACGGCAUGUCGGCAUCGGUCUUUCUCACCAAGAACAUUAUCAUGUUCUUAAGAGGGACUUUUGAUCUUCUGCAGGAAGUCAAACUAUGUACGCGAGACAAAAAGAAAAAUAGGCCUUUAUUAGAACUUGGAUUGGUCGUUAGGUUCAACAAGUGAAAUGUGGUAUCAUAAUAAUCGUAGACAAACCAUACCAACAUUUCAUUUGUACUUUGAUAACCUUUUUGCGUAUUCAAUUCAGAUGGUUUCCUAGAUGAUUUAAGAGACAGAACUCUAUUGUGCAUCUGACAAAAUCAUCGCAGAUCCAAGUUUUCCUUGGUAUUCAAAUUCGAUAUGAAUGAAGAGUAAUUGUUACAUAAGAAAAUGUAAACAAAUGGAAAAAGGAUGAAUCGUGUCUGAUUGCCUGAUUGCUUGCUGAAAAGAUCGACGAAUAGAUAAGUGAACAUUAACUCAUAAAAUAUAUAUUUGGCUUACAUACAACACGAUCAACGAUUGAGUCUUGUAUUUUCAAUAUUUGGUAUAUUACAGGGAUUACAGACAUUAACAGAAAUCCAUACGUCAAAUUUUGAAUUGUUGUCUUCAAUACGCGUAUUGAAGACAACAAUUCAAAAUUUGACGUAUGGAUUCCCUUCCCUUCUCCCAAAAAUUUGUCUCGAUCAGGAAAGAAGACAACGAAAGAAGGGAAAGAAAAAUGGGUUUAAACAUUAUAUAUCUUUCUGAAUAUAACGUUAAAAUUUAUCCCAAAUAAGAUUAUUGUUUUUUAAAAGGUCAAAAAUUUCGCUCUCUCGCGACUUGUUAGAAAGUUGUCUACAUACGCCGGUCAUAUGUUCGCCCUUCUCAAAAUAUUUGACACAUUGUCAUUAGUACACAUUACGGACCUGUAUACAUCUGUCUGUAAUGGCUAACUUUCUACAGUAACGACCCUUUCAGAUAUGCGUUAAAGCAAACCUUAUUUUAGUCGUAUUCUUUUUAAGCAUUUUGAAAUAUACUUUGUGAAUGUCAUUAAAUCUCUAAGUAGUAGUACUGCUGUACACUGGCGGAUCCGAGGGGGGGGGGGCAAAGCCGGCCCGUGCCCCUCCCUCUUUAAGAGGCACAAUUAAAAUUUGUAAUGUAAAAAUGUCGUUAAAAAGAAGUGUGCCCCCCCCCCUUUGAAAGUGAAGCCUUUUUUUUGCUUGGAUAAUGUGUCCUCCCUUUUGAAAAAUCAUGGAUCCGCCCCUGCUGCUGUAAUUUAUAUCGCAAAAUACUAGUAGGCCACUACAUGCACAGUUCUCGAACAAAGGGGAGAUUGAUAACAAUGGAUUUGUAACAAUAACUUUUUUUCUAUCUUACAUCUAACGGCGAUAAAAAUAUGAGAUCAUUUCAACUUUAUCGAAGAAUGAUCAGAAGACGGCGAGAGAUUAAUCAGAUGCCAUAUUUGUGCUCACCUUGCGGGAGCAAACUUCUCUUUCAUGAUUCCGUUCGAUGAUAAAGUCAUCUGUAUGAUUUGAAUACAAUAGUUCUACCUCAGAUUUCCCUCCAGUUGCCCGAUUUCUUUUCCAAAUUAAUGUAUUUUUGUGGAUGGUCUAUUCGAGUUAAGCGCAAUCACUAUAUCUAUUCAAGUUACACAUUGAUACAAACAUAUAUUGAAGAUAUUACGAAAACGUGUCUGUUUAUUUUAUAGGCUCCAUUCACUAGGCAAAUUAUGCUAUGUAAAUGUUGCCACCAACAUUAGUUGUCACUUAUUGUAAAUGUAAAAAGAUGCAAGACUGACAUUAUAUUGUUUCAUUUGUCAAAGUAUGAUUAUAUAAGUAUAAUAUGGCUACAUGCAAAGGCAUUCCGAUGAAUCUGAUAUGGGAAGAUAUAGAAUCAAAAUGUUUUCUGCAUUCUGUGGCAAUUAAAUAAAUGUGAACACUAAGGAAUAAAAGUAAGAUUUAUAA